GGAAACUAGUCUGCAGUAUCGUUUUAGCAUAAAUUAUUGAAUAAUUUAUUGAUUAACCGCCUGCAGCCCGAAAAUGUCGGACAGAAAAGCAGAGCUAGAGCGCAAGAAGGCGAAGCUGGAACAAAUGCGAAAAGAGAGACAGGAGAAAGAUAGAAUUAAAAAGUUGAAAGAGACUCCAGAUGAAAAUGUACAAAAGAAAGCUCCAACAGGAGAUAUUCACAAGGAAACAGAAGAUCUGCUGAGAGAUCUAGGAAUACCCCCUGCUGGUAACGCUGCAGCUAAUGUGCCAAGUGAAGCAGUGAAGUCAAAUUCUGGACAGAAAGAUGUAGAAUCGGCCACACCACAGCCUCCACAGACAUUGUCCAUGAGGCCAAAACUGAAACUGAGUGUAACCAAAGUAUCUGAAACAAGCAUCCCACCACGUGAAAAUGUCGUGUACAACAAAGAAACCCAGACAACCAUUGUGGAACCCCUUGAUAAGGAAGAUGACGAUGCUGACUCAGUUGAUGUGACAGAUCAUUCACCAAGCCACAAGAUGCCACAUGUUGAGAUGGUACCGCCUUCCAAGACUGUCGAUGAUGACAAGAAGGAAGAUAAGCCAUUACCAGAGUUAAGUGAGGAGGAGAAAAAACAAGCCAUGAUGUCAGAAGAUUUCCAACUUUUUUUCGAUCACACGACACGCAUCGUUGAACGUGCUCUAUGUGAAAGUGUUGAUAUCUUCAUGGAUUACACUGGAGGAGAUGGAGAGGGAAAGGAUGAUGAUUUGGCUGGAGAGAGACUGAAACUUAAUAGAGAAUUUUAUGAUGAAAGGUGGUCUAAGCAUAGAACAAUCACUAGCAUGGACUGGUCAAAACAGCAUCCAGAAUUAAUUGUAGCCUCUUACAAUACAAACGAAGAUGCCCCCCAUGACCCUGAUGGUGUGGCACUAGUGUGGAAUGUCAAAUUCAAAAAGCAGACACCAGAGUAUAUUUUCCAUUGCCAGUCAGCAGUGAUGUCGAGCUGUUUUGCGGAAUUCCACCCUAAUCUGGUGGUGGGUGGUACAUACUCGGGACAGAUUGUAUUAUGGGACAACAGAGUAAACAAGAGGACCCCAGUACAGAGAACUCCACUGUCAGCUGCUGCUCACACUCAUCCGGUUUAUUGUGUGAAUGUGGUAGGAACACAGAACGCUCACAAUCUGAUCAGUGUGUCCACGGAUGGCAAGAUGUGUUCAUGGAGUCUUGACAUGUUGUCACAACCACAGGACAGUAUGGAACUCCAGCACAAACAGAGUAAAGCUGUGGCUGUGACCUCAUUUUCUUUCCUAGCCAAUGAUGUCAACAACUUUGUAGUGGGGAGUGAGGACUGUACAGUUUACACAGCCUGUAGGCAUGGAAGUAAGGCUGGUAUCAGUGAGGCAUUUGAAGGUCACCAGGGUCCCAUCACUGGAAUAAACUGCCACUCUGUGCCAGGACAGAUAGAUUUCUCUCCCUACUUCCUGACAUCUUCCUUUGAUUGGACUAUUAAGCUGUGGAGUAUAAAAGACUCCAAGUUUAUCCAUUCGUUUGAGGACAACAGUGACUAUGUUUAUGAUGUACAGUGGUCACCAGUUCACCCUGCACUGUUUGCCAGUGUGGAUGGUAUGGGACGCCUGGACUUGUGGCAUCUUAAUAAUGAUACAGAGGUACCGACAGCCACCAUUGUCAUGGAGAAUAAUGUGGCUCUGAAUCGUUGUCGUUGGCACCAAACAGGUGCUCAUAUAGCUACUGGUGAUGAUCUUGGACAUAUAUACAUCUACGAUGUUGCAGAGACCAUUGCAACACCAAAACAUGAUGAAUGGUCACGAUUUGCACACACACUACACGAACUCAAACAACACGCUGCCGAGAGGGAGGAGGAGUCUUCCUUAGCAACCAUGACUUCACCAUUACGAUGAUCAGUCCAUCUGCCUUUCAACUAUAAACUUUGACCCCAAUCCCUUGUGUUUCAUUUGACCUUAAGAACAAGAAUGUUCUAUUGCUUGUGUGGUGGAUGGUGCUUGAUAAUUGCAAACAAAAUUUCCAUUAGCAAAUGUUCAUAUUUCUUAAGCUGAAGAAACAUCAACUGAUGUAAAAACUUUGAUGUUCAGAGCUAAUAUUUCACCUACAAUGAUAGCCUGCUCUGUAGAUGAUGUAGUCACCAUUCAUUUCUACAUUGUCAAAAAGAGAACGAAGACUUUUCAGAUAUAAAACACAUUUCUGCUAUAUAGAUGUACAAGCAAUGACAUAUAUAACUGGAAAAGUACUGAGAUCAGAGGAAUUCAUGCAGUAUUAUCGAUGGCCAGAAGUAGUGCAAUCCAGGCUUUUACCAGAUUGGACGCAAUGUGGUAGCAGUAUGCGAGGUUAUUUUUGUUAUUGAAGAAAGUGUUAGGUUUGCCAUCCUUGUGAUGAGAGUCGGUGUUUGUUCAGGACAAGGAAUGGAAGAAAUGGGUGUAUGAGGGUAGGAGUUGAGUGAGAGAUGAUUGUUGUUUAGAACAUAGAGCAAGACAAAUGAGUGCAAGUCUAAACGUACCAUUUUUAAAUAUCAGGAACAGAGACAGCAUAUUUCUUUUGGUAAAAAGAUGUAUCUGCUCUGUCAGAUGUGUAUAGUGAAAUUCAAUUAUCAGCAUUUACUGUGAGAAAAAGUACAGGGGAGAGAAUUGGAAACAGGAGAGGUAUUGUUAUAGAUAUAACAUUUUGCCGUCUGAAUCAAAGUAGCUUAAUGUUAAAUAUCGUUCUAAAUCUGGUAAAACUAUUUAGAACAACAAAAUUUGGUUACAUGUUUAAUUUUGGGAAUUUCUAUAAAUUUUGUUAUUUUCAAUCUUACUUUGAACUUAUUAUAGGAAAAUAUUUUUUUUAAUUUGUACCAUAAUUGGAGUUUUAAUCUGUAUCAAAAUGUUGAUAUCAUGAUAUAUUCAUUAUUUAUGUAAGGUAGGAAUUUCUCAUACUUUCCCAUAGACAUCUUGCAUCCUAUUUUGUCUGCUUUUUUAUUUUAGUUUUCAAUAGUAAGUUAGAAAGGUGAAAGUUAUGUGAUGAAUGUGAUAUUAGUUUUAAUGUCACAUUAAUUCCUUUUGUUACUGAUAAACUGUGAUUUUUUGUCCAGAAUUGCUUAAAACAUACAUAUAGCUUAUGAACUUGUAAGCCCCUUGUUCUAAAACUUUCAGACAUCAAUCCAACAUAGCCCCAUGAACAAGACCUCAAAUUUCUGUCUAUCUCAUUAUAAGAGAGGAAAUAAAGAUACUGUUGUUUUGCAGGUAUAUUUUCGCUUUUUUACAGUACAUUAAUGUGAUUGAGAAAACUUAAUCUGAGAAAAUAAUGACACAUGUGAAGAUGUCCUUUAACAAUCAGAUUUUGAAAUUUGAAUUCAUCAAAAUACUGUUUGAUUAAUUUAAAAGAAAGUUGCUAAAAUUUUAACCUGUGGUAUAAAAAUGACAGCAAGGUUUUGGUGUGAGCUUUGAUAAACAAUUUGAAUAGAUUUUACUUUGAAGGUGGAGUUGUACUUGAAUAGUACACCACAAGGAUUUAGAUAUAGACUACAAUUACCUGUAGUCGGCUGAGGCGUGCAUCUGUAUCAAUGUUUACAUUUCCAUCCAUUCUGAAACCAAGAAUACUCUCAUACAAUUCAAUUUAUUGUGUAAAUUUUGAGUGCUAGUGGUUGUUUCAUGGUCAACAUAACAGGAAGCUUGAGCAGUCUUUAAUUGUACAUGCAAGAUAACUUUAAUCCAGCAGGGAUGCAUGAGGUGUAUUUCUGGUGUAAAUCAUGUUCAUAUUUAUAAAUACAUAUAUUACUGCCAAAAAUA